AUGAUCAUAGCCAAGAAUAUGCAUUUAAGGAAUACAUUCGUUUUCCUGCUUGCCAUUAUUUCCGGUAGGAUUCUUGCCGAUUAUACGCCAGACCCCCGUUAUGCCAACACAGCCAGUCUGAUUGGCAAUAACAUUUAUUACUUUGGAGGAACAUCUACGAAUAAUAAAAUUGCGUAUAAUGAUUUCUUUUUUUUGAAUCUCGAAAAUGCAUUCAAGUCAAAUUCCACAAUAUUUGAACUUGAACUAAUUCUCGGUAAAGAGGAUAUACCGAGCAUGUAUGGUCCAACAUACGCGGUUGGUGAAAAUAGUUCCACAAUAUUUUUAUUUGGUGGUUGGGUAAAUGCAUCUGAUAUCAUUAGUCAAAGUCAAGUUAUUUACAAGAUUUAUGUGAAACCUGGAAGUACAACUUGGUCUCAAAUAAUAAACAAUCAAGAGAACACCACCACAUGGCCAAGUGCACGAUCUUCGGCAGCAGCUGUCAUAGAUACUAGAGAAUAUAUGUACAUUUGGGGAGGUCAAAUAAAUGUUGAUAAACGAAUGUACGUUUAUGAUACUAUUCAUAAUGUGUGGCAUAACCCGUCGAAUUCAACAGCAUCUGUUCGGUUCAAUUAUACUGCAACUUUGCUUGGCGACGGACGUAUUUUAUAUAUUGGAGGAUCUAAUUCAUCCACAUUGAAACCAGUAAAUUUAAGUCAGAUUCUCAUCUAUGAUACAGUGAGUCUUCAGUGGUCAACGAAGACAGUUCCAAAUACAAAUAAACUGUCAUUAUUCCCUCGUGAUGGACAUACUUCCAUUUUAUCACCAGAUGAAAAAACCAUUAUCAUCUAUGGUGGAUUGGACGUUGACGACAAAACGGCAUUACUUCUUUUAGACACGACAUCAUUCAGUUUCUCAUAUCCAAAAACAAAUGCUGGUCCCAAUCCCGUUCCUGCAUUUCAUACAAGCAUCUUAUACAAAAAUUUCAUGAUUGUCUCAUUUGGCCUACGAAAUGGAAGUGCAUCAUCAGACGUGAAUGUACUAGAAAUUUCAAACUCGAGCAAUUAUAGAUGGCUUGCAGGAUUCGAUUAUUCCUCACCUUCAAAUUCAUCUCCAAAACCAUCUACUAACACCCCUUCAAACUCGAAUCCUGAAUCUAAUAAUAAUGGCUCGAACAAUUCUGGCAACACGAAUUCAACUAAAGCAACCUCAGGAAAAGAACCGCCAUCUUCAUCGACAAAAGGCACAAUUGGCAUCAUAUUUGGCAUUUUGGCCGGAUUAAGUAUCUUGGGAGGAUUUACGUUUUGGUAUCGUCGACGUCGUGAUUUGCCAACAUUGCCAAUAUUUGAUCACAGUCAUUUUUCCGAGAUGCAAGCAGGUGAAACACAAACGUCAAAUAAUAAUCGUGGAUUAAUUAAUGAGGAAGCACCUAAUGACGGUCCUCAGAACUCAAAUCGAAUAGUUACUGAUAUCCAAUUAUAA